AUGUGUGAUCGUCUUCCAAUGCUCGAAAAACUUUAUCUAAGUAUGAACAAGCUACGCGGUCAUAUGCCUGUAAGCUUACCAAACUGUUCGAAACUUCAAAUGUUGUCUGUAUCAGUGAACGAGUUUGAUGGACCCAUACAUAGUGAAAUUGGUCAUUUAAGUAACCUGCAGAAUCUGUAUCUUGGACGUAACCAUUUUGAAGGGACAAUUCCAAUCUCCAUAUUCAAUAUCUCCUCGCUGCAGGUGUUGUCACUAGGACGCAACAAUCUCUUUGGGUCCUUGCCAUGGGAGGUUGGCAACUUGACCAAAUUACAGAUUCUUGAUCUUAGUCAAAAUAUGCUAACAGGUGAAAUACCGAAAGAGGUAAGCAAUCUCAUUGACUUGGAUGGAAUUGAUCUGGGUUUGAACAAGUUUACUGGUUCACUUCCAAUGGAGAUCUUCAACAUAUCAGGGAUAACAGUGAUUGACCUUCUAAACAAUAAUCUGACAGGAACCCUCCCAUUGAACAUAGGUUCUAUGUUACCCAACAUUGAAGGUCUUUAUCUAGGUCGGUUAAAUCUUUUUGGGACGAUACCACAUUCUAUCUCCAAUUGUUCCAAGCUCAACACUCUAGAUGUUGCUGGAAAUAGACUCACCGGUUUGAUUCCAACCUCUCUUGGAUAUUUGACUCAUCUAGAGUACCUACUCUUGGAUGGAAACAAUUUAGUGAGCGACUCUACAUUAAGCUUCUUUACUUCCUUAUCAAAUUGUAGAGAUUUAGAAUUUCUUUCUUUAUCUUUGAACCCUCUAAAUGGUGUACUUCCAGUCUCCUUAGGGAGCCUUUCCAGUACUUCUCUUCUAAGGAUUAACGCUGCUGGUUGCAGAAUUAAAGGGGAAAUUCCAAAAGGAAUUGGGAACUUAAGCAGCUUAUUAGACCUCGAUCUUUCUGAAAACGAUAUAAUUGGAUCAAUUCCCACAACAAUUAGCAACUUGAGAUUUCUUCAGAGCGUUAAUUUGAGUCACAACAAACUUUCUGGAUUUAUUGGAGAUGAUCUAUGUAAAUUGCAAGACUUGGGUUAUUUAUACUUAACUCAGAAUCAACUUUCAGGAUCUCUUCCUAAUUGUUUGGGGAACUUAAUUUCCCUUCGGGAGAUAUUUCUAGGUUCCAACAAAUUGCGUUCAAACAUACCAGCAAGCUUAGGGAACCUCAGAAAUCUCUUGAAGCUAGACUUAUCCUCAAGCAACUUGGAUGGCCCUUUACCUCCGAAAAUUGGAAAUCUAAAGGCUGCGAUAUAUAUGGAUCUAUCAAUGAAUACAUUCUCAAAUGGAAUUCCUAGAGAAAUUGGUGGCUUGCAAAAUCUAAGGCACUUAUCUUUGAGAGACAACAAAUUACAAGGAUCAAUACCUGAAUCGAUCAGAAGCAUGUCAGCUUUGGAAUUUCUAGACCUUAGUCAUAACAAUGUUUCAGGAUUAAUUCCCAAGUCUUUGGAGAAGCUUCAAAAUCUCAAGUAUUUUAAUGUUUCUUUCAAUAAGUUGGUUGGUGAAAUCCCCUCCGGCGGUCCUUUCAAGAACCUCUCCGGUCAGUCUUUCAUGUCCAAUGAAGCAUUAUGUGGUUCUCUAAGAUUCCGUGUUCCACCAUGCCAUACUAGUACUUCAAAGCAUAGAUCCAAGAGGAAAAAGGUACUUAUUCUACUUCUAUUGGCCGGAAUUGCAAUAGUUAUAUUAGUUCCUAUCAUCUUUGUGAUGGUAUGGAUAAGGUAUAUAAGAGGUAAAAGAACUGAUCCUCAACAAACAGCUGGUUCAUCCUAUGACAUCUCAACAAGAGAAAGAAUUUCAUACUAUGAAUUGCUCCAAGCAAAUGAUUCACUCAGCGAGAGCAAUUUGAUUGGUUCCGGGAGUUUCGGCUCUGUUUACAAAGGCAUCCUCAGAGAUGGGACUCCUAUUGCAGUUAAAGUGUUCAAUCUGCAAUUGCAAGCAGCAUUUAGGAGUUUCGAUACAGAAUGCCAAGUUUUGCGCAACCUUCGUCAUAGGAAUCUCACCAAAGUCAUCACUAAUUGUUCCAACCUUGAAUUUAAGGCUUUGGUACUAGACUACAUGCCUAAUGGAAGCCUCGAUAACUGGUUGUAUUCGCACAACUACUUCUUAGACAUCAAGCAAAGACUAAGUAUAAUGAUAGAUGUGGCAUGCGCCUUGGAAUAUCUCCACCAUGGCUGCUCAUUUCCCGUGAUCCAUUGUGAUCUGAAGCCUAGUAACGUCUUGUUGGAUGAGGACAUGGUUGCCCACCUAAGUGACUUUGGCAUUUCAAAACUGCUUUCUGAAGACGAGAGUGCUUCGUACACUAAAACUUUAGCAACAUUGGGUUAUAUUGCACCAGAGUAUGGACUGGAGGGACUGGUGUCAACAAAAUGCGAUGUUUAUAGUUACGGAAUCAUGUUGAUGGAAACAUUUACAAGGACAAAGCCUAGUGAUGAAAUGUUUGAUGGAGAUCUUAGCUUGAAGCAAUGGGCGAGCAACUCACUCCCACGAGCAGUAAUGGAAGUUGUUGAUGCCAACUUAAUAACACCACAGGAUAAUCAAUUAAUGAAAAAGUUAGAUUGUGUGGUAUCCAUCAUGAAAGUGGCAAUAGAUUGUUGUGUUGAAUCUCCUAAAGGAAGGAUUGACAUGAAAGAUGUCGUAGCAAGGUUAAAGACUAUAAAGAUUCAACUUCUUGCAUGUUGAGCUUUGAAUGAAUAAACAAGUAUUGUUUUCGGCUUGAGUAAGGGGUACAGAGUGUAGGCAACGGCUUUUCCUUUUGUUAAAAUCUAUUUGCCUAGUUCCUUUAAUCAGUCUCCUAUAGUUAGGAUCUUGAUUAGCUUCGAUUGUUAUAUUGAAUCUCCUGAAGGAAGGACCGACAUGAAAGAUGUUGUAGCAAGAUUAAAGAAGAUCAAAAUUCAACUUAUUGCAUAUUGAGGAAGUUCUUAUAAUUCUUCUGUUCCAAAACAACUGUGUGUUGCAAAUAGCCAAAAAAAAUAUAUUUAGAUUAAAAUAUGUUUUAAUUUAGUAUCUUUCAUAACAUAGAGAAUCAAGGAUAUACUUCUUCCCUCUCAACUUAAAGUCUAAGUUGAGCAACAUUACUGGAAUUACACAAAUUUCUGACUGCUUGUCUAAGUUGAGCAACACUAUUGGAAUUACGCGAAACUCUGACGGACAUAUCUGUUGGAAAGUCCUCUGAAGAGUACACGAAUUAUCGGUGCGAAAAGGAUCGUCAGAGAAAAGCGCAUCGCAGACCUUUUUGACGGCAGACCAUCAAGACUUCCUACAGAUAUUUCUGACAACUAGGUGGUCAGCCCUGACUACGCCCUACUACAGUAAACUAACAUCUCUUGACUAGUGAUUCAGAAUUUCAGUAAAGGAAAAUUCACACAGUAAGAGAAUUCACAUCAGAAAAUCCACCAAACCACCCCCAUUCUUAGAGUGUACCUACUCAUGAAAGUUCAUAGUAAAACAAGCACUAUAUCAUGUUUCCCUAAUUAUUUUCCUUUUUAGCAUGAAAUUUCACAAACGGUCGUAUAACUAUGAUUUAUUUUCAUUAAAGUCAUAUAAAAAUAUUUUCUCACACAAAAAUCAUAGUAACCGAAAAAUACAACUUUCCGGUAGUAUUUUCUUAUUCCUUUUUAUUUUUAGUCCAGUAAAUAAUAAUCUAAUUAAAAUAGAAAUGAACCAACCCGGCUCGACAAUAACCAUAUAUAUAAUUAAAAUAGUACUAAAAGUGAAUCCUCCAAAAUACGUUACUUCUAUCUUUUAUUUUUCUCUUAAAGAUUUUUAUUCAAAUUGAUAGCACUAUUGUUUCAGCAGUUUUCUAAUUAUCCAUAUGCAUUCUAAACUAAGUUAUUUUUUGGGGGAAAGAUUCACUUUAAGCAUUAUUUUAAUUUAUAUAUAUGGGUAUUAGGUCGGUUGGGGUUGAGUCAUUCCUAUUGUAAGGGGAAAAUAUAAAAACUGGUUCAAGGGAAGGUCAACCAAUGAUUGAUAGGUCAUUCCCUCCCUAUCCGUCUCUUGAUCCCUCAUUCCACUAAUCCGUUGUUACUGAUUCAUUCAAGGCAUAGACUCUCCAUUUCUUAGUCGGUCGGUCGAAACUAACUGCAUUCGCUAGCUAAAACAUAUAUAAAAUAUGUAUAUUAUACGUAUGUAAUGCGCAUAUAUACAAAAAUAUAUUUUUUAUCAGCUAUUAUUUUUUUAGAGCGGCUAAAAAUAUAUGUUUCUCCUAUUUUAAUUGGGCUAUUAUUUAUUAGACUGAAAAUAAAAAAUAAAGAACGUGAAAUAAGAAAAUACUAUCAGAAAGUUGUGUUCUCCUAUUUAUUAUAUGUUUCUCUCUCUCUCUUUUCUUGCU